UCGGAGGACAGCAGGAUGGAGGACAGGGUGUGGACUGUGUGUCUCCUUGUCAUUCUGACGCUGGGAUGGACGGACGCUCAGAACCAGAACUUCACCAGGCCCAUCUUCCAGUGCGGAGGCCACCUGGUCACAGACUCGGGCAUCGUGGCCAGUGAGGGAUUCCCGACUCCCUACAAACCCAACAGUAAAUGCACCUGGUACAUCACUGUCCCCGAGGGUCAUGUGGUCAUGCUGUCUUUCCGCCUCUUUGACCUCGAGGCCGACCCCACCUGUCGCUACGACUACCUGGACGUCUACAACGGUCACACCCGCCUGGUGCAGAAGCUCGGCCGUUUCUGCGGGACGUUUCGGCCCGGCGCCCUCAUCGCCACCUCCAACACCAUGAUGUUAGAGAUGGUGUCGGACGAGGCCACGGGAGGGCGAGGCUUCCUCGCCGCCUUCAGCGCCGGGAAGCCUCACGUGGAGGAGAACCAGUUCUGUGGAGGACGUCUGACCAAAUCUCAAGGCUCCGUCAAGACGCCCAACUGGCCCAACUCUAAUUACCCAGCAGGCAUCAGCUGCUCCUGGCACAUCUCUGUGGAACCAGGAAACGUGAGGGAGUCAUACUGCAUCUUCAAUUUCUUACUAU